AUGGUGAAAUCAGCAAUAUUGAAGAUCACAACAACAUCGGCAGAGACUGGUACCACGUCAAAUUCGUACUACGUUACUUACACAAUGGCAAUUCCAAAUUUAACGCGAACGAUUGUCAUGUCAAACACAAUCACUUCAAUGGCUUCGUCCCACACAAAAAACAAAGUCAUGUCAGUGAAGCUAUUCUUAACCACUCUUAUCGUCUUAAUGAAAAAUUUAGAAUGGAAAAGAGGCAAGUUAUUCAAUGCCCAUCCUGUGGGGAAAAAUAUUAGACCGCACAAAAGCAAUUCGUCUCUAGUAGAAAGAGAUUAUAUUUAUAUUUGUCCGAUCGGAUCUUACCAAUGCCAAGAUCAAGACUAUUGCUGUCCUUAUGACACAGCUUGUGUUGGAGGAGAUUUAUGCAGUCAAUGUGGCGUCAACGGUGUAGUUUGUGAGGACUUGAUUUGUUGUUUUCCAGGUUAUGCAAAGAAAAAUCCACCAAAGGUGAAAACGCCUUCUCACUCAGAGAAGACAACGUAUGAUUCACCAACAACGUUUGCUUCACCAGAGGAGGCAACAACAUUUACUUCACUAGAGGAGACAACAACAUUUACUUCACUAGAGGUGAUAACAUCGUUUUCAUCGGAGAUCGAUUUCAACACAAGUACAGAUACAAAUGCAAAACCCACAUCAAAAUUUCCCAAAUCAGAAGUGACUACUUCAGUUCCGAACAUAGACACGGCCACAUCAAUGGCUUCAUUCAAU